AUGUCUCUCAACGAGGUUCAGGGCCGUCUUGCCCUCAUCACUGGCGCUUCGGGAGGAAUCGGAGCAGCCUGCGCACACCAACUCGCUGCCCAUGGCAUCCACCUCGCCCUCACAUACGCAACAAACCUAACAGCAAUGACCGAGCUAGUAACGGACCUAAAAAGCAAAUACAGCAACGAAGGAAUCCGCUUCUCAAUCCACAAAGUAGACGUCGGCUCUGCCGACGACAUCGAACGCAUGUUCCAGGAAAUCGACCAGGAACACGGCCACCGCCCAGACAUCCUCGUCUCAAACGCCGGCUACGGCAAACGAGUCCCCAACGUCUGGGAUUGCACCCUCGAGGAAUUCGACUACACGCUCCAGGUUAACCUGCGCGCAUCCUUCAUCCUCGUCAAGGGUGUCGUUGAGCGGAUGAAGAGUCAGCGCUGGGGACGUAUUGUGUUUAUGUCUUCUAUUGCUGCGCAGGGGGGUGGAAUUAAUGGAUGUCAUUACGCCGCAUCAAAAGGCGGCCUAACAGGAAUGAUGAAAAACCUCUCAACCCGUCUUGCCGAGUUCAAUAUCAGUGUUAAUGAUGUUGCCCCGGCUAUGAUUGGUGAUACGGGUAUGAUUCCUAAUGCUGCCGCUAUCCCCGAGGUUGCGUCUGGGAUUCCGCUGGGUAGGUUAGGAACUCCUGAGGAGACGGCGAAUGUUGUUACUAUGCUGGUUAAGACGGGGUAUAUGACUGGUCAGAGUUUGUUGCUGGCUGGGGGUUGA